CAGGGGAUCAAAUAUUUUUUCCCUCACUGUAAUUGUUUAUUGCCAGACACAACGUUCUCAUUGUUUGGAUGUCAUCAAGUUUUGGUGGGUAGAGUUCCUCUUGGCUUCCCGGGGUCUGUUGGUCUGGUCAUUUCCCUCCCUGGUGUUAGCCUUUUUAAAGGGGAGGGAGGAGGGUGAUGAAAUGACCGAGAUAACAAACCACUUACCUGACACAAGUGUACGGUCAGACAAUCAGGAAGUACGCCAAGGCAUCCCAUUUGCCCAGAGAGGCCUCCACAGUGAUUGGUAAAGAGGCAAGAUUUAAAGAGAUUGGAGCAAGGGUGGACUGCAGAAGGAUGGUGAGAUGCCUUGUUGGGGAAGGGUUAGAAUAACUGGCCAAAAGGAGUGGGGUGAUAGAAGUUUCCAGCGAGGGGGCUUGGGAGGUAUAAAAGAAGACAGCACAAUGAGAGGAGAUGUUUGAGAGGAGACGGAGUUCAAGCCUCAAGAACCAGCCCUGUGCACCAUUAUUAGCCUCUUAAAAGCCCCCGUCAUCUCCCUCAUCUCCUCCCCUCUUCACCCGACCUCCUCUCGCUCCUUCAACCUCGUCGCUUCACCUCGUCACCGCGGAUGGGGCCGCAACUGAGAGGCUCGAUCCUGCGCUGGAGCGACGCGAAGGCGCAGGCGGAGUUCGUGCGCGCGCGCGGCCUGCAGCAGCUCGUGCGGUGCCUCACGCGGCGGGGCCACGGGGACCACCCGCUCCUGUGGGGCGACGAGGUCGAGUACAUGCUCGUCUCCUUUGAUCACGUGGCGCGCAGGGCCCGCGUCCUGUUGAGCGCAGAGGAGCUGGUCAAUGACUUGAUAGCCAUGGACGAGGAGGCCAACCUGGGGCACCCGUCACGGUGGCACUUGGAGUUUAGCAGCUACAUGCUGGAGGGGAUCCCAGCACAGCCGUACGGAAGCUCCAUCGCCGAGCUGACCAGCGUUGAGACGAGCAUGAGGCUGCGACGGAGGGACGUGCUGGCUCGGCUGCGCGCGAACGAGACAAUAUGCUCCCUCACCACCUUCCCCAGGCUCGGCUGCCCGGGUUUCACUCAACCCGAGUAUGUGCCCCAGCACCGAGACGGAAUAACUGCGUCACUGUUCUUGCCGGACGAGGUUAUCACCAGCCACUCGCGCUUCAGCGCGAUUGCGAGGAACAUCCACGAUAGGAGAGGAGAGAAGAUCGUGGUGAACGUACCGAUCUUCAGGGACAGAAACACUCCAUCCCCAUUCAUCGACCAAAUUCCGCCCGGUGACGAGGAAGCGGCCAUCGCGGUGAAGGCCGACCACAUUUACAUGGACGCGGUGGGAUUCGGAUCGGGAAACUGCUGCCUCCAGGUCACACUGCAGGCUAGAAACAUGGAAGAAGCGCGACAUAUCUACGACCAGCUGGCUGUUAUGUGCCCCAUCAUGAUGGCCCUCAGCGCCGCCGCCCCCUUCUACCGGGGGCUCGUGUCGGACGUUGACUGCCGCUGGAGCAUCAACUCCGCCGCAUGCGACGACCGCACGCGACAGGAGAGAGGGCUCGAGCCCCUCACAACAUGCAAGAGGCGAAUCACCAAGUCACGGUUUGACUCCAUCGACAGCUUCCUGUCACCCGGCGGAGCGCAGUUCAAUGAUCUGGAGUUGCCCAAGGACGAGGACGUCCACCUGCAGCUCCUGGAUGCAGGCAUCGAUCCGCUGCUCGCUCAGCACUUUGCUCACCUCUUCAUCCGUGACCCCCUCGUGAUGCUCUGGGAGAAGAUCCACGUCGAUGACGAUGAGAACGAGGCCUACCACUUUGAAUGCAUCCAGUCCACAAACUGGCAGACGUUGCGCUUAAAGCUUCCGCCGCCGAACACCAGCAUCGGGUGGCUCGUCGAGUUCCGGCCGAUGGACGUGCAGCUCACAGACUUUGAGAACGCAGCAUACGUGGUGUUCGUGGUGCUGCUCACGCGCGUCAUCCUCUCCUAUGGCCUCAACUUCCUCGUGCCGCUCUCCAAGGUAGAUGAGAACAUCACGAAGGCGCAGAAGAGGAACGCGGUGCUGGAGGAGAUGUUUUAUUUCAGGAAGGACAUUCAGGCAGAGGUGGACGCUCUCCCAGCGGACGGCACUGCGUCCGAGGACGAGGUGGGGAUCCUCAUGAGUAUUAACACCGUCAUCAACGGCAAGGUGGGGGUGUUCCAGGGCCUCGUCCCCAUAGUCAACAGCUUCCUGGAGGACAUGGAGGUGGACGUGGAGACUCGGUGCACGAUCUCCCACUACUUGGAGCUCAUCAGCAAGCGCGCGUCCGGGGAGCUGGGGACGACGGCCCAGCGGCUGCGCGCCUUCGUGAGCGGCCACCCCGACUACGCGCACGACAGCGUAAUCUCGGAGCGCGUCAACUACGACCUGCUGCUGCGCUGCGACGCCCUGGCGCGUGCGCGGCCCCACGGCCACGGCACGGACCCCUUGCACGAGCUCAGCCACGGUGCUUGCCAGACCGGCUAGCUCACCUCGCUCGCCACGCUCACCGCGCUCACCACGCUUAUCGCACUCUCCUUGCUCCUCGCGCUCACCUCGCUCGCCUCGCUCGCCACGCUCACCGCACUAAUCGCAUUCUCCUCGCUCACCUUGCUCCCCGCGCUCACCACGCUCGCCACAAUCACCUCACUCACCGCACUCGCCACGCUCACAAUGCUCGCCACGCUCACCUUGCUCCCUGCACUCACCUCGCUCCUUGCGCUCACCACGCUCACCACACUCUGAUAAACCCAAAGGCGAGCGCCAGGUUACCCCAGGACAGCAGGGACCCUGUGGCAUGUGGGCCAGACGGGGGCCAUGCUUUGUUUUCACGUGGCCCGUCACUUCACUUCAUAUCAAUUCAUCGUUUUACGGGGCGCUUCACAUCACACAAUUGUGUCAUGAGUUCAACUGAGUCGCAGACGUACUCUUUGGAGGCGACACAUUUAUUGAUACCAACACAAAGGGGUAACUGCUCCUCCACCAGAUAACCAAUGGUGGUGGACCACCAGGCUAACUACACA